AUAAGGAUCGGACCUGACCACACUGGAUGGGCGUCGCCAUGGUUUCUGGUAGCAGUUGAGGAUCCUAAGACAGACGACGUUGUGGUUUUUACAUGUAACCGCUCAAUUGACACAGAAAAAUUGAAUUCCCCUCACAUCUACUACCCCUCUCACACCAAUGACGUCGAUGACCUGUUGGCCUUGGAGGCCGACUCCUCUGAGGACUGGAAACUAGUGAAAAAGACCAAAAAAGCUAUGAUUUUUCGUAAAAAGUCACCCGAGAAUGAUCUCGUCCCGCCAAUUAUAAAGGCUGAUUUGCAUCUUCAAGGAAUUCCUUACAAAACAGCCGUCCAGUAUUUCACGGACUGGGAGGUCAGGCAAAGAUGGGACAAGACGUUUGGCGUUGUCGAUAUUUUAGAAAAAAUUGGAAAAUUCAAAGUAGUCUACUGUUCUAACAAAAUGCCCACAUUCUGCAAGAACAGAGACAUGGUACUAGCGUGCCUUGAUCACCCUGGUCAGCAGUAUCACAUACAGAUCAUGUGCAGUAUUUUACACCCAGUUGUACCGCAGAACCUCAAAACUAACAAAAUUAGGGCAAACACGUCUUCAUUUGGAAUCAUAAUACGUCCAGUAGAUGAUGGUACCCAGUCCUCCAAAGUCACCGUCAUUACACAGGUUGAUCUUAAAGGCUCGGCGCCUAAGUUUAUAAAGAACGGCUAUUUGGAAAAUAAUCCCAUUAAAUGGAUAAAGAUGAUGAAGAAGUAUUACAAGAAGCACGGCCAUGAAGAAGAGGCUGGCGCUAAGGACCAAGGGACUACUGAAUCUAUUAAUAACAAUGUCGAUGACGUCAUAGCAUAACACCCAAUCAAAUAGAGARAUCAGUAGAUAUGGAAAGGGARAUUUCUACUGAMAAWUUUUAGUGAAAAAAYGUUUGCGUCGAGAAUUCUUCGCWRCUAUUUCCAGUCUCUUAGARAGACUGUUAAACMGAAUUUCCUGUGGAUCCCUMAAACAUUAAAAUUUGUCUCCCCGGUUCUCCCAGGCCAGAAACUGCGCCCUCCCCUAGAGCCGCUACGAAGGCUAGGUUGGCCAAGGAACCUCGGUUUCAAUUGGCAUUAGAAAUAAAUUAAGACUAAUUUUAUUAAUUUUAAACGUCCACCGGAAAUUAUUGUGCAUGAUUGAGAUACGAUAUUAAAUGAGCUAGAGGUUUAGUUGAGUUUGAGUUGAACUUGAGUUUACAUUGCGAGUUACCAUCGAGUUAACGUUGAGUUAACUUUGAGUUAAAUAAAUUUGUAAUUACAUCUAGAAAUA